UUCACUUCCUUAUUUAUUCCCGAAUGUUUGUGUUUAUAAAGCUAUCUGUGACAGAAACUAAUGUUAAAAACCUGCUGAAGCCUGAAACCUGUAGAUGAGCACUCCACCCACAGUCCAAGAGAGAAGCAAGUGUCUGUUUUAGAGAUAAACAACCGACGAUUUCUGUCAAUGAUUGUUGACCUGUGAAUUCAUCGCUCCUUUGAUUGGAUCAUGGGGUCUUCACAGAGCAAAGAUAAGAUGCAUUGCUCCAGGUACCUGAAGGGCAAAGGCCCGCCAGCGCUGACAGAGAUCCAAUCUAAUGGAACAAACAAUAACAAAAAAGGCACUCUGAUAAAGGAAGGAAACCAGCCCGAAGGCCAGAUGAGUUGGACCCUCGAAAGAAGAAGCUUGCAGGGACAUUCUGACUGUGACACCAUUCAAAUCGCCUUUCAUUUUGAAGCUGGCAUUCAGUCGGACAGACAUCCACAUCCCGGACACAGAUACAAGGGUCUGGACUCUGUGGCAUACCUGCCCAACAACAACACAGGGGCGAAGAUUCUGCGGCUACUGGAUGUGGCUUUCCAACACAAGAUGGUGUUUACUGUGGUGGCCGACAGCAGUGGUGAAUACUGUGUGUCACCUGCAGAUAUACCCCUAAAACCCAUGGACAGGGGGCCUGAGAGCUUGGGCUAUCCGGAUCCAAACUACCUUAAAACAGUGACGAAAGUUCUAAAGCAAAAGGGGAUCAAAUGAAACAAGAUGAGCUACUUUUACUGUGGAUUACUAACCUCACUAUGACCAGAAUAUGAAGGUUGAAGGCACAUAUGUUUUUAUAUUUAUGAAGAAGGUCACUGUCAUGUGCGAAAUGUUUUCUGAAUUUGCCAGUUCAGAAGAGAUCUUUUCUGUAAGCUUCUUGAGAAUCUGUUUCUGUCUGUUUGUAAGGUUAUAACAUUUUCUAUUUAAAAAAGGAAGCCUUCUUACAGGAAGUAGUAUGGUAUUCUGAAUAAUUAAGCUACUGUUUGUUGACUCCUUGUGGUUGUAAAGUUUUACAAUUAUUUUAAAUUAAAUAAAAUGGAGAAAUUCUG